AUGAAGGGUUUCACUCCGAUUCAGCCUCUGACUUCUUCUUGGAAGUUGUGGAUAAUUGAGUUAGCUUUCGUCUGGAGGUGGUUUCAUGUCAUUCGGACCAGCGGUUCAGAAGAUACGACGAUUUGGUUGGACUCGACCCACCAGCUCGACCGGCCAGUUUCCAACUCGAUCGAGCUGCUUUUCCAGGAGUCAAAGGGAAUUGCUGAUUGUGAUUGUGUUUUACCACCACCUCAUCUUAUAUACCACUGUUGCAUUCCACCACAUUUCAUAUCAUAUCUUUCACACCCACACACAAAUUCUAUCAUCAGCUACCUAGUUGGAUCUAAAGUGAUUGUGUACACAGAUCAUGCUGCUAUUAGGCACAUCUAUGCUAAGAAGGAUACAAAAUCCAGGCUGCUUAGAUGGAUCUUGCUGCUCCAAGAGUUUGAUCUGGAGAUUGUGGAUAAGAAGGGAAUAGAGAAUGGGGUGGCUGAUCAUUUGUCCAGGAUGCGAAUUGAAGACAUUGUCCCUAUCUAUGAUUCUAUGCCUGAAGAACACCUAAUGGCUAUCAGGACUUUGAAGGAAGGUUUGGAGGAGAAAACCAGACUCGAUGAGGUCAAGGCUCUGCGAGAUGAGAAUUUUCCUUGGUAUGCUGAUAUAGUGAAUUACAUGGUGGCUGGAGAGGUUCCCAAUGAUUUUGAUGCCUACAAAAGGAAGAAGUUCUUUAUGGAUGCUAGGCACUACUAUUGGGAUGAACCUUAUUUGUACAAGAGAGGACCAGAUAGCAUCUACAGAAGAUGCAUAGCUGAAGAAGAUGUAUAA